UUCCCGGAAGUGGGACUUGACGGUAGUGCUGCCAGGCCUGAGUGGGAAGAAGGAAGGACGGACGGAGCGAGGAAAUGAAGUCGGUGCUUCUGUGUGUCUCUGGUGGAGGUAGGCGAGCCGAGAGGAAGAGGAGGAGCAGGCUGUUCUCCCCGUGGUAGUCCCCUGCCCUGAUCUGGCUGAGUGCAGGGCGUGCUCCACCCCAGCCCUCAAAUCGCUCUACUAAAUCCAGUGGGAAUUCUUUCUUAUAGACAGUUCCUGAUCUAAAGUGGAAAAGAGAUGGCUUUUGUAAGAGAUUCUUCCUUCAAGAACUCGAUUCUUAGGAUUCAUAUGGACUAAGGAAAUUCAUUGGCUAUUAUAAUGGAAAAAUCAUGGAUGCUUUGGACUUCAAUUGAAAAAUGUCUGCUUGCCUUGAUGUCAUGGUCCUGGGGCCUCUGCCGCAUUUCUCUCUUACCUUUGAUAGUAACCUUUCAUUUGUAUGGUGGCAUCAUUUUGCCUCUAUUGAUAUUUGUGUCUAUCGCAGGUAUACUGUAUAAAUUCCAGGAUGUGUUGCUUUAUUUCCCAGAGCAACCCUCUUCAUCACGGCUUUAUGUUCCUAUGCCUACUGGCAUUCCGCAUGAAAAUAUCUUCAUCAGAACCAAAGAUGGCGUAUUGCUCAAUCUAAUUCUGCUCAGAUUCACAGGGGACAAUUCCUCAUAUUCACCUACUAUCAUUUACUUUCAUGGGAAUGCAGGAAACAUUGGUCACAGACUACCAAAUGCUUUGUUGAUGCUAGUGAACUUGAAAGUAAACUUAUUGCUGGUUGACUAUAGAGGCUAUGGGAAAAGUGAAGGCGAAGCAAGUGAGGAUGGCAUCUAUUUAGAUUCUGAGGCUGUUCUAGACUACGUGAUGACUAGAUCUGAUCUUGAUAAGACAAAAUUUUUCCUCUUUGGCCGUUCUUUGGGAGGAGCAGUUGCUAUUCAUCUAGCUUCUGAGAAUUCCCAUAGGAUUUCUGCCAUCAUGGUGGAGAACACAUUCCUUAGCAUCCCACAUAUGGCCACCACUCUGUUUUCUUUCUUCCCAAUGAGGUAUCUUCCUUUGUGGUGCUAUAAAAACAAGUUUUUCUCCUAUCAAAAAAUAUCUCAGUGCAGAAUGCCUUCACUUUUCAUCUCUGGGCUUGCUGACCAGUUGAUUCCUCCGGUUAUGAUGAAGCAGCUUUAUGAACUUUCCCCUGCUCGGACUAAAAGAAUAGCAAUAUUUCCAGACGGAACUCAUAAUGACACUUGGCAGUGCCAAGGCUACUUCAGCGCACUUGAACAGUUCAUUAAAGAAGUGUUAAAGAAUCACUCACCUGAAGAAACAGAAAAAAUGUCAUCUAAUGUAACAAUAAUUUAACUAAUUCCAGUCUGUCUGAUUGUACCUGGACUUGUGGAAAGUGAUAAAGAAUUACCAUUUUUUAAAAA